CCUACAUGUAAUUUUCAAAUUUUGUAUAUCGAUAUUGAUAUUGUAUAUAUAAUACUUUAUAAUGGCAAUUAAUAGCAGACACUGUUUGUCCAAAAUAUUUCAACCUAUUACUGCUGUUUCUAAAACAGCAAAUAUAGGCCACAAGGAUGUAACCUCAAAGAGCCAAAGACUAAUGUUAGAAUUGGGUAUAAUCCAACAAGCUAAUCCAGGCUCUUUUCAUUUUCUACCUUUGGGCAUAAAGUCUUUAAAUAAGCUUAAAAAAAUCGUCGAUGAUGAGAUGUGUAAAGUUGGAGGACAGAGAGUGAUGUUUCCCAGCCUAAUUAACACAAAAUUAUGGGAAAACAGCGGUAGGUUGGAAAAUGCUGGACCCGAAUUAUUUCAACUGAAAGAUCGCCAUGAUCACAGUUACGUACUCAGUCCUACUCACGAGGAAGCAGCUAGUGAACUAAUUUCAUCGGUUUCUCCCUUGUCGUACAAACAGUUCCCUCUGCGAUUGUAUCAAAUUACUAGCAAGUUUCGCGACGAGAUGAAGCCGCGAUUCGGACUGAUGAGAGGAAGGGAGUUUCUAAUGAAAGAUAUGUACACUUUUGACAUCGACGCUCAGUCUGCUAAGCGAACGUACGAAGAAAUAUGUGAGAGUUAUAACAAAAUUUUUGAAAGAAUCGGGGUUGGGUUCGUGAAAGUGCUGGGUACAUCGGGAAAUAUAGGAGGUUCCUUAUCGCACGAAUUCCAUUUUAAAGCCGACAUAGGCGAAGAUAAAGUGUUGUUUUGUAACGGCUGUAACUAUUCGGCAAAUUUAGAGCUAUGCAAAAGUCACACUUGUCCUAAAUGUGGGGUGGAAAAAUCAGUCGACAUAAGUAAUUGCAUUGAAGUUGGCCAUACUUUCUUGUUAGGAGAUAAAUAUUCGAAGCCGUUGAAAGCAAGGUUUCUAUCGAAGAGCGGCAAGCCAGAAGACCUCCAAAUGGGUUGUUACGGUUUAGGUUUAAGCAGAAUUUUAGCUGCGUCGGUCGAAGUCCUCUCGUCCGAACAAGAAAUGCGUUGGCCUGACACCUUGGCCCCUUACAACGUAAUUAUCGUGCCCCCAAAGGCUGGAAGCAAAGAAGAGAAAAGUACAAAAGACGUUGCGGAAAAGUUGUAUACCAAAAUCGAAGACCACAUACCCGAACUUAAAGAUAACGUACUUUUAGACGAUCGUCUAUUUUUGACCAUCGGCAGGAGACACUUGGAUGCGCGAAGGGUCGGUUAUCGCUAUGCGAUCGUUAUAAACCAGAGAGCCAGUGAAAAUGUACCUCUUUUCGAACUGAACGAUAUUAAAACUAACGUGCAGGUUUACUUGGACGAGAAUCAGUUGUAUCAGUAUAUUAAGGAAAAUACAUUAUUAUAAUAUUAGAUAUAUGAAAUAUAAUUUUUUUUA